UGGCUGGUGCGCCGGUUCGCCGGUCGGGUUGCAGCUUGGAAAAGGGGAAACGACUGGCGGAGGGUAACAUCGGUGGUGCGGUGCUAUGGACCCCAGGGACAAUGUCGAGACCGGGGAGACGGAAAACCAGUCGGAGCUAUUCUACGUGCCAAUUCCAAGUGAAGCACCGUGCAAGGAGCAGGAGAAACUGUCGGGAGUCGUCAAAAACGUCCACAGAAAACUGCGUAGGAAAUACAGGGAGGUGGGCGACUUUGACAAGAUCUGGCGUGAGCACUGCGAGGAUGAGCAGACACUGAGUGAGUACGCCCUCGCCAUGAAGAAUCUUGCUGACAACCAUUGGACCAAAAAGUGUGAAGGAGAGGGCCGGAUUGAAUGGUGUCGCAGCAUCUGUCAAGAGUACUUUUUGGAUGGGGGAAUGAAAAGAGUGUUAGAGAAGGAUCAGAAAAGUGCCACACUUGCUAUGGGUGUGGGUACAGCAUCUACGAGUGCCCAGCCGUACAGCACCAUCCCCAGUUCGAUCUCUCAGCUGGGGAAAAUGCGCCUUCUUGAUGUGGGAAGCUGCUUUAACCCUUUCUUGAAGUUUGAUGAGUUCCUCACAGUCGGUAUUGACAUAGUGCCUGCAGUUGAGAGUGUGUACAAGUGUGACUUCCUCAACCUCCAGCUUCAGCAGCCGCUCCAGCUGGCGGGUGAUGCAGUCGAUGCUUUCCUCCGACAGCUCCAUAACCCCAUCGAUGCUCUGCCCGCUCAGCUUUUCCACGUGGUGGUCUUCUCCCUGCUUUUGUCCUACUUCCCCUCGCCAUACCAGCGCUGGAUCUGCUGCAAGAAGGCCCAUGAGCUGCUGGAGCUGCAUGGCCUGCUGCUCAUCAUCACGCCUGACUCUUCUCACCAAAAUCGCCACGCCCUCAUGAUGCGCAGCUGGCGUGUUGCGGUAGAGUCACUGGGCUUCAAGCGCUACAGAUAUGUCAAGUAUUCUCACAUGCAUCUCAUCGCCUUCCGAAAGGUGUCUCUGGCCACCACCAGUGACCUGGUGUCACGCAACUACCCUGAGAUGCUUUACAUCCCUCAGGACUUUAAUUCCAAUGAGGAGGAAGACUGUGAAGACAUCCCAAUGCAGGCGCGCUCCGAGUUUGAGGAUGACCAGCUAGCUUGGGGCUUCACGGAGCUACCAGACACACCCUAUGAUUCCGAUUCUGGGGAGAGCCAGAGCAGCUCCGUCCCCGGAUUUCAUGAGCUAGAGGAUCCCAUCCUGCUCCAGAGCUAGGCUAAACCAGCAACCCUUCCUGCCCUUUACUCCACCUAAAGCCCCUUUCAGACAUGGAAAGCAUAACAUCGCUGGCUUCAAAAGUCUGUAAAAGCGAUGGAAUUAUAUUUAGUUAAUAUUCCUAAUGCUUUAAAUCAAAUAUACCCCUGACAGUGAGAGAGAGAAGACUACAGUACAAGCAUAAGGUUUGCCACACAGUAUUAUCAGUGUCAGGUUUUAGAAGUGUAACCACACUUUUGAAAGUUAAAGGAGGCUCCCCCAGUCAAACUCUGAGAGAGAGAGCCGACGGGGGGGGGGGGAAGAAUCUCUCUUCUGUAAUGGGAAUAGAAAUGGGUCACAGAGGUUAGUACUGUCAUCUGAGACAUAUUUUUGUCCAUGUUAUUGCUGUUUAAUGCAUCCUCUGGUCAGCUGAGCAGCUCACAAUGAAGCAGGGGACACAUGCAGACUUGUGCCGUGCCCGCGUUAAUGUUUCAAGGCUUGACCCUAGUAAGAUUGGCAUUGCCGAAGAGCGACCAGGAUGCUGAUUGAGACGUGAAGCCGACACAUUUCGAUGCUGCCAGGUUACCGUAAACGGAGAGCGUGUCUGAAAAGGGCUUAAUUGUCGUCUCCCCUCCAACUGCUGCGCUGCCAAAUUUAACCAGCUGCAUUCUUACCCCACUUCUACUCCUUCUCAAAACAAUGCAGUUUGCACAGUGUGAAAGAGAAAAGUUUACAGAUUAUUUUCUCAUAUCCACACUCCUUUCAGAGUGUGCACGCACACACACACACACACACACACACACACACACACACACACACACACUAAGAUGGAUAUAUUUUGAUAAAUAGUUAGGUUUUUUAAGAGUUGGAAAUCGAAUGCCCGCAAGAUCUCUGAACUCCCCGCUCCUCUUAAUAUCAAAAGUCAGCUUGUCUACAUUCUGUACUCAGUCUCUGUUUGAAAUAAGCUAGAGUCGCAGGCUGCUCUGUACAAAAAAAGCCAAAUACAGCAAACCUAAGCAGCGUUACAGGGGUUUGAUUGCACUGGUGAGACAGAGAUGGAAUAAGUAGACAGGCGUGUUUGCUUCUGGCACAUACAGCUCACCUUCCUGAAAACUUUUUUUGAUGUUCAUUUUAGUUUUUCAAGACAUAAAAAAAAAGCUUAUUGUUUGGAAAUAGAUAUCCAUAGUCAAACAGUCAAACAUUGGUGUUGUAAAUUGUGGCAAUGCCUUAGUAACUUGGCAUUCUAUGAAUGAUUUUGUGUAUCUUUUACCAAAAAAAACAACAACAAAAAACUGGUAUUUGUAGCAUUUGAAACAUUUUCAGAACCAUACAGUAGUAUUAGUAGGUUUACUAAUGUGAAACGUUAACUGUUUACUUAUUGUGUUUAAAAAGGUACAAGUGCAAAGUAGGUACAAGGUUUUUGUCUUGCUCUUCUCUUAAACACUGACUUCAUUCUGAAUGAUCUUUUUCCUGCUGUUGCAUUUAAUCUUUUUUUUUUUGUCUUAAGCAUCAGAUUGGUACAACACUGCAUGUCAGUGACUUUACACCAGUUUCCUUUGACACAGUUUUACAGCUUUGAUGUGAAAAUACAGCACUCCACAAAAGCAGAUGCAGAGUUCCUUAGAAAAAUCACAGAGAGAAAAUACAUUUACACUCACUUUUGUAAAAAAGGUGAAAUAUUGUAAAAUUUAGAAAGCGAGGUCAGAUCUGAAAAUUGACUUUAUGCUGCAGGGAGGUUUUAGCUAAGACACUACCAGGUGAAAUGUUAUUGUGUGUUCCUGCUGGUCCCUGAAUAGACUAAAUGUGUGGGUGUGGCUUAGACUGUGACUGAAGGAGUGAAUUUCUAGUGUGUGGAAUUUUUUUUUUUUUUUGGUUUUUUGUUUUUGUCAGUGGCACAAAAUGUUUCUUUUCACAAUUUUACAACCAAUGUGAUAGGCCCACAAAACGAUACCAAUAAUGACUAUAAGGUGCCUUCUGUGUUUUUGUUUUUGUCUGUCAUAUUAGUGGAUACGUGCUUAUGUAAUGCAGUGUGCUUUUGCCAUUUCCAUAUCAUUUUCUGGUUAAUGCAGAUCUCUGCUGUUUUGUUUUUUCUUCCUGAUUUUUAACAGGAGAAAAAAAAUUCACAGUACAUAUUCAGACUUUAAAGGAGUGUGUUUUGUGAUUUUUGUCUUCCAGUGUUUCUUUUGGCCUAUUUGCAUGAUAUGGAUCAUCUUCAUUAUCAGCAUUUUCAACAGUGCAGGACAAUGUGUGCUUACAGUACCAUUGUAUUUCUCUUUUAUAAAUGAAUGUAAAUAUAA